GCGAAUUUCUGAGUAAGCGGUAGUACGUACAUGACAUAUAUGGAUGGCCAAGCCGAAGUGCCAAAUUGAGAGUUCGCGAAGUUCCUGUCCCUGGAGGAGCACCUCCUCAUAUACGCAUAUGCCUGUAAUGUAAAAGCAUUUUAAUCAUUGCAAUCUUUUAUGUAUCUGGCGCCUUUUUUUUUUUUUUUCGUGACCCCUUUUUUUUGUGAUCAUUUCUUUGCAAAUUAGCAAGCAUAAAAUUACGAAAGGAGUGGCUUCUCUUCGGGUCUCUUCCCUUCUCUGCUGUACUGUGCUGUUCUCUUUUUUUUUUUUCCAACGAGAGCGCCCGUCGCAACACAGGGAUUACAUGCCGCGGCCGCGAGUGGCUACUCCGGAAAGAGCUGGUACGAUGCAGAGUUCGAGCUGAUGUCAGCUUCGCCCCUCCCCCCGUGAGCAACUGCGAAGGUAGGCCAAGUGAAGCGCGCCGCAGGUUUAUUUGCAGUGCCACAGCGUCGGGGGAAGCGGCGUGGGUAACAGCGUGGGUAACAGAGUGGGACUUCAAGAGUCUGCAUCGUAGGGAGCACCGCUCAGAGAGCACCAUACCGGCAAGAUUGCUUCCCUCCCCCCGCGCACACAGACGGAGGUACAAAUAACCACAAAGGAGUGAAGCAUAAAGGCCGCCCCCACCAUGCCCGCAUCGCCGAGUCAAAUGUACAAAGUGGACUACAAGGAGGAUAAGGGGAAGUGCGUAGUGGCAGUGAGUCAAAUGCGAGCGGGGUACUGCAUCGUGGAGGCCCACCCAGAAAUAUUCGUCCCCCUAAGUGUGAAGUACAUGGCCCCUAGAGUCAUCGAUACGGAAAAUAAAAAAACAGAUUACAAAACGGUGAACCUCUGUUUUUACUGCUUUGAAAAAUUUAGCAAAAGCUUCUAUUGCCCCAACUGCAAAUAUGUAGUGUACUGUAGUGAGGUGUGUCUAGAACGGGGUUGGAAAUUGCAUAGAGACGAAUGUGAAGUAUUUAAGUCAAAUAUUUUUGAUAAGUUCUGCCCAUCCAUCAUCAUGCGCAUGGUAAUUAACAGCUACCUAAGUCACUUUAACUUUUACGAAUACUGUGGAAGUGUGGCAGAUUUGCCAAAGGAAAAAUAUGAGUACUUUAAGUACCCAGCAUACAUAGUAGCAGUAGCACUGAUGAGCAAAAAAAAAAAAAUUUUUGCCAAUUUUGAAGAUAAUGAAAGUAUACUGAGGAAUAUCAUCGAGAAGUUUAUAAAAAUUUCUAAAAACACUUUGCAGAUAAUUGAUAAUGAGUUAGAACCAGCAGGAUUGGGAUUCUACAAGAAACCAGUGCCCUAUUUUAACCACUCAUGUUUAAGUAACUGUGUGACUAUAUUUAAAAACCAAAAGUUGUUCAUUCGAACGUUGAUGGAUGUAUAUCCUGGAGAAGAGCUAACCAUCAGCUACGUCGAUAUAGCAUUUGAUAAAAAUACGAGACUAGCCAUUUGCAUGGACCAGUAUUUUUUUACCUGCACAUGUAAGCUAUGUAAAGUGAACGUCGUUUCUGAAUGUCAAAAUGUUUUUAAUACAGAGUUUGUGUGUACCCAAUCGGAGAGUUGUAAAAAAUAUGUUAACCAUAUGGAGCUAAUUUUGAUAUCCGAAUUGGAAAGAAAAAGCUGUUAUGUAAAUAAAAGUCAAUUUAAAAAUUCCUAUCCUGUUUUGAAAAAAGCAAACGAACAACAUGUGUGGAAAUGCUCCAUUUGUAAAAACGAAGUGCAUGAUAAUGUUAUAAAAAGUUUGCUCGAAAAGGAAAAAGAAACUGUCAAAGAGACAGCCCAUUUGGAGUCCCUCUUCAAUGAAAAAUACACCUACGAUAAUAAGUCCGUUUUACAAUCACUUAAUAAAAUAAAGUCCAAAAUUGACUACCUCACCACCUUUUACCAUCAUACUAGAUAUUCCCUACAAAAGAUGAGAGCAAAAAUUCUGUACAUUUCUAUACAGCUUCAAGAAUUUAAGUUAGCAUACAACAUUGCUAAUCAGUACCUCAAAUCGAUAGAAGUUUCUUAUGGGAAAUAUUCCCCCAUUUAUGGCUACUAUAUUUUCCUAACUGGGAAACUUGCCCUCUUCCUGGACCUCAAGUCGGAGGGCCUCAGUUUAAUUCACAAGGCCAAAAAGAAUAUUAUUAAAACGUAUGGACCGGACUCUCCCAUUUAUAAAGAUCUGGAGAAGUUCCUCUACACCAAUAAGUACUGA